AUGGCACACUAUCCCACGCGCAAAAUUGGCGACACGCCCGUUUCCGCCAUCGGCCUUGGCUGCAUGGGUAUGAGCGUUUCCUACACAUCCUUUGGCGGCAUCAACGACGAGGAAUCGCUGAAGGUGCUCACCCGGGCCGCCGAUCUCGGUGUCAACUUCUGGGACACGAGCGACGUCUAUGGCUUCGGCAAGAACGAGCAGCUGCUGGGCCGCUGGUUCCGUGAGACCGGCCGACGGAACGAGAUUUUCUUGGCCUCCAAGUUUGGCAUCCUGCAUGACGCCACCGGAAAGCCGUCUACUCGAGGCGAUAAGGCCUGGGUUCGCCAAGCCUGCCUCGCUAGCCUCGAGCGUCUUGGCGUUGACCACGUCGACCUCUACUACCAGCACCGCGUGGACCCGGCCGUGCCCAUCGAGGAGACGGUGCAGGCCAUGGUGGAGCUGAAGAACGAGGGCAAGAUACGUUAUCUCGGGCUCUCCGAGUGUUCCGCCGCAACUCUGCGAAGGGCGUGCGCUGUCCACCCUAUCGCCGCCGCCCAGAUGGAAUUCUCACCUUUUGCACUCGAGAUCGAAUCGGAACAGACCAAAUUCCUGCAAACCGCGCGCGAACUGGGCGUCAAGAUCGUCGUCUACUCUCCGCUGGGACGUGGAUUCUUGACCGGUGGCAUCAAGAGCCGAGCUGACCUCGACGCCGGUGACAACCGCCAUAACCAUCCGCGGUUCUCAGAGCAGAAUUUCAACGCCAACUUCGUACUCGUGGACAAGCUCUCUGCGAUUGCCGAGAAGAAGGGAUGCACACCUGCACAGCUGGUUCUGGCCUGGGUUCUGGCUCAAGGUGACGACUUCAUUCCAAUCCCCGGCACAAAGAAGCUCAAAUACCUUGAGCAGAAUGCCAAGGCCGUCGAUGUGACGCUCACAAAGGAGGAAGAAGCCGAGGUUCGCAAGACCAUCGACAGUGUAGGCGGUUCCAAAGGCGACCGAUACCCGGCGAUUAUGAUGGAGACGCUUUUUGGUAACUCGCCCGAGCUGAAAUAA